CCUCGUAUCACAAUUUACCUAUCUGUUGUUGACGCUCAGUCUCCCUCUCUCUUUCUUCAUCGGCCGGCGAAAAAUCGCAGGUUCUGGAAGUGAAACGAGACAACACUCUUCACUACUGCCUUUUGUAGACUACAGAAAUAGAACUAUGAGGCUGCUUACUCACAACAUGCUGUCUUCGAAUAUCAAAGGUGUGACGAACGGCUUCCCUCUGCGUAUUGAAGCAGAGAAGGUGGUGGAGAAGCAGGUGGAUUUGAAUAUUGAUUUCCUGAAGAACAUGUUUGCUAAGAUUGAGUGGAGGGCCCUAGUCUCUGCUGCUCGUACAAUGGGUUAUUCUGAGCUGCCUGAGGAGGUUGAGCCUUCUAAGCUCGAUUCUGAGGAGUUCCUGCAAAAGUUCCAUCAUGCUCUUUUGGAGCUUCAUCUUGAGGAGGGCGCUCUUGUUUGCCCCGAGACCGGUCGCCGGUUUCCAGUUUCCAAGGGAAUACCUAAUAUGCUACUUCAUGAAGAUGAGGUUUGAAAUGAGAACUGGAAACAUCACUUGUUUUGUAUUCGAUGAAAAUUAGGCAGUGCCCUAUAGCUUUUGGCAAUUUAGAAACUGGAGUGGUGUAUUCUUUGGUUUGAUCUAUUUUCCUUUUGGCUGACACUUUGGCCAUGGUUUGUCA